AUGGCAGACUGGAUAGCAACAGUUGCUCUUGGCAAACUUUCAAAUGUCCAAGGUGAUCGCCAAAAAAGUAAUGUAUUAUGGACCUUAUGGGCACCUUUGCUUCUGUUACACCUUGGUGGGCCAGACACCAUAACUGCUUAUUCAUUGGAAGAUAAUCAAUUGUGGUUGAGGCACCUUAUGGGAUUAGUGGUUCAACUUUCUGCUGCGAUUUACGUCAUUCUAAUGUCGUGGAAAAAUUCAUGGUUCUCAUUUAUGUCGCUUCCGGCGUUAGUAGCGGGAGUUAUCAAGUACGGGGAGAGAACAUUGGUUCUCAAGAGGGUGAGCGAUGAGAAAUACUUACAUAGAAGACCCUACGGCAGUCUUAGCGAUAAAUAUCCAACCGAGGGUCAUGACUAUGUGCGGGUUUUAGUUAUGGCUUACGAACAUCUGGAUCGGUUUAUGUGGUAUUUGGAUCAGGGGGGCGGUACUUUAGGUGCGAUAGACGAUCGAUGGGCCAACCACUGGGAUAGCAUGGAAGCUAUUAUUUUGUGGGAUGCACUGGGGGUUCAAAUGGGACUCGUGUACGACUUGUUGUAUACAAAGGCCGCCGUAAUAUACCGUAAGAAAGGUUUUCUUAUGCGAUGUAUCAGCUUUGGAUGUACGGUGAAUGUGUUUCUAGGAUUAACCAUUCAGAUUGUACUUUUAAAGACCAGGGAAGAAGAAGAUGAUGAUUGGCAUGAGAUUGAUAUUGCAAUUACAGGGGUAUUAACUGUAGGAGCUCUAGCUUUGGAGAUUUAUGCAGCCAUUGUGAUAUUUUCCUCCAAUUGGAUGAUGCUUUGGCUAAUUAAACAGGGUAGAGGGGAAUGGGUGACGUGGUUGAGUCAAAGAUUUCCAUGCCUUUUCAACAAGAAGAAAAACUGGUCUGAAAUUAUGAUUGGGCAAUUUGAUGUACUUAGUUAUUGUCUCAAAGUUUUUCAAAGUCCAUUUAGAAGUUUACCACCUAAGAGAAAAAGUCCAAUUAGAAAAAUAAUCGGGUCAGUGUUGGGGCAUAAUUAUGAGGAGAAGUGGAAUAGAUAUCUACACAAGACUGAAUAUGCUGUACAUCCUUCGCUAUACAACGCAAUUUUACAGCUUCGUCAUAAUGAUGAACCUCAGAUUGAUCCUAGGUUAAUCUCCGAUAGCUUAACCAGUGAAUUGCGCGAAAUUUGGACGAUAGCAGAACAUGAUGCACGGGGUAAUUUUGUCAGGCAAAUUACGAGCUUGCACUUGGCAACACAAAUAUGCUACCGUUUAGAAAUGGAAUGGGAUGCAGGUGGUGAAGAUGGUCCCUAUGGAUCCGACUCGUUGUUGUGGAAGCAAAACAGCGAAGUGUCCAAAGCUCUGUCAGAUUACAUGAUGUAUCUAAUUAUGAUGCACCCUUCAUUGUUGCCCAAUGUUGGAUCAGUUCGUGCUUUAGAGAGGACCCUCUUCGAUCAGUUAAUUCUUGCAGGGAAUGCAGCAGAUGACGUAAAUGCGACUUGCCGUAAUUUGCUGAGGCUCAACGAUGUAUGGAGUUUGAUUGUCGAACGUUUGAAGGGAAAUGAGAAGGCAAAGAGAUGGGAAAUUAUCAAACUAAUGUGGUUGAGGAUGCUAAAAUCUGCAACUCGCGGUCUAAAGGGUUUCGCUCGGUCAAAUUGCCACUUCCAGCAAUUAAGACAAGGAGGCGAGCUUCUCACUUUAAUUUGGUUCAUUAAUCCCCCAUAUAUUAAACCGACUCCGCCUUAA